AUGUUCCGCGGCUUCGUACAUCUUGGAUUCGCACUGGCAUUUUCGGUCUUCCUCUCCAGCUUGCUCAUGACAGUCCUACAGUGUAUACCAUUUGAGAAGAUUCUCAACCCCAUGUUGCAUCCCGAGGUUAAAUGCAUCGACAUGCGUAUCAUGAUGCUCACUCCACCUAUCCUUAACAUCUUCAUGGACCUCUACAUUGUCUGUCUUCCGAUACCCUCCAUUUUGACCCUCCAAAUGAACCUACGCCGCAAAGUCACAGUCGUCUCCGUCCUCGCCUUCGGCAUCAUCUCCGUCACAGUCGCAAUCAUCCGCCUACCCAUCCUCAUAUCGGUAUCCUCGAUGAACACAGACCUAUCAACAGACGUGGGAAAGAUGAUAAUCGUGGCAUCAUUCGAGGUCCAAUGUGCCAUCGUUGCGGCGAAUUUACCCGCAAUGAAAGCACUGUGGGGUAAGGUCAGAGGCAAAUACAGCUCUGCGGGCAGUUAUGAGCGAUCGAACGAAAAGCCAUAUAAUCUCUCGUCGAUGCGCCGAGGACUCCGAAACAAGCGCGCUUCUAUGGGAACUAUAACAAGGCUAGAGCAAGGACUGGCUGGCAACGAGUCGCAAGUGGAGCUCGUGGAGGGGAUACACAAACAACCAGGACCAGUGGCUUUCGGGUUUGGGGAGGCGCAUUCUAACUCUGUAAAGUCUUCUCGGCAGAACUCGAUUAUUGUGACGACUGAACUGGAUGUGCGUCAUACACCGAGAUUAUAG